AUGGUACAGUCUGCAAAUGACGUCAUUGCCACGGUUGAAGACCGAAUCCCAAAGAGGCCUGAGAGCUUCAAAUCCCCCAUCUCCCCAAAUACAAUCAUGUCUUUCCACCCACCAUCAGAUAUCAAAGUGACCUCUCGCCAGAUACCUGCGUGGCAGGGUAUUCCCAAUACCUCGAUCCAAUUAAAACCACUCAUGAUAUACCAUGGCGCCUUUGACGCCACACCCGCCGAGCUUGAGAGUCGCCUGGAAGCAGUAGGUGAAGUGGUGCCCCAAUGGGUAUAUACCAUGUACAGCACGGACCACUUUCAUUCUACCACUCAUGAAGUGCUCGGUGUCGUGGCAGGGCAGGCUCGACUCUGCUUUGGUGGUGAGGGGAACCCUGGGCGAUUUGAGCCGAUAGUCCAUCGCGGUGAUCUGAUUAUCGUGCCCGCAGGAGUUGGGCAUCGCCUGUUGGAGGAUCAGGGCGAUAAACCAUUCAAGAUGGUGGGAUCAUAUCCCCCUGGGAAACAGUGGGAUAUGUGCUAUGGCGAGGCAGGCGAAGAGGAGAAAGCCAAGAAAAUCCAAGAUCUGGCAUGGUUUCACCACGAUCCUUUAUACGGGGAUGAUGGCCCUGUUCUGCAUGUAUAG